AUGGCGACAUUGAGCGCGAAGAGCGUGGAAUUACAAAUAACCCCCAAAAGGAACAGCAGGUACUCGGUUUCAAUCUACAGUCAAGACAACGAGAAACGAUCCUUUGAUGACGGCGCUCCCCUUCGCCAUUCGAACCGAAUCUCUUUGCGAUCGUCCUUUACUUCGAUUUCUGAAUACAAAUCGGAUCAUGCGCAGUUCUAUCGGCCCAACGCGAACAAGACAUGGGUUCUGUCCAUAUUUCUCCUUGCAUUCGCCUGCUGCAUCCUGUUGCUGGAGCUCGCGAUCGCUGCACAUCCAGAUGCGUCCAGAGUACACGGCGUUGAAAGGAGGGGCCUCGACAUACAAGAGAUAGGAGUCCUUUGGGAGCGACAGGAGCCAGUGACAUCGAGCUCGGUUCAGGACACUUCCGUUGUCUCAACUACUCCCACCACAACCGGCAGCAUUUCAUCUGGCGAGCAGGGCACUGGACAAACUGCUGCAUCGUCAUCGCUGACGUCCGCCACUGCUCCGACAUCAUCAGCUGCUGCGUCGGUCACGGUUGGACAACCGACAUCCUCGGCGGAACUGACGCUGACCAGUGAGACAUCACCCACGACCAAUGCUGGCACUGCCUCGACCGACUCUGUCGUUUCCUCGACGCAGCCUCUUGCGACAUCCUCUGCAGUGUUGGCCAGCACGACAGUAGCGCAAUCGAGUGCUCAUACCACGGCAUCCAGCAGUGACGCUACUACACACGCCGACGCCACGACAUCGAACACGUUUUCACCAAUUUCAUCAUCUAGCGACCGAUCAUCGUCGUAUGCAGUGGCUAUCACAUCUGCGUCGGCCUCUGGCUCCGGAACGUCUGGCAGUCAGGCGUCAUCUCUAUCUGUCUCUCAAAGUCCCACCAGCAUAGUCGACAAUGCCGCAGUGACAUCAGGAGGAUUUACGUCCAGCAGUGGGAACGUCCAGGCUACGGCAAACCAGGUCACCAAUACUCAUUAUGUGACAACCUCAUUAACGCCUUCACAGUCCGCAGCCGGGGUCAUUUCCGUUACGACAACAAUUAGCCCUGCGAAUCAGGAUGGAAACAACAGUACAACCACUUCCACCGUUUCGUCAUCCACUACGGAAGCAGAAACUUUCACGCAUGCGGACUUCUUCUUCGCCAUGUAUGUACCCACGUUGCUCGGAGUGUGUCUACAAUCAGCCUGGCUCGUGGUCUUUUCAACGUUCAAACUCAUGGAGCCUUUCUAUCAGCUUGCUCGGCCUGGAGGCGCUACAGCGAGCAUGAGCCUGACUGCUGAUUAUCUUUCACUAGGAUUGUCCUUCACGUUUUGGAAGGCUUUACUGAAUGGUCAUUGGGUGUUGUUUCUUGCCGGACAAGUUCAAUUCCUUCUAGGACUGGUGGUGGCUUUGGCAAGCGACGCGAUGAAUGUCAAAGCUACAGCAUAUUGCAAAACAGAAGUCUCCGCUCAACAACCAUGCAGCCCAGUAUGGGUAGUCAACAUGUCCGUGGUACGAUUCAUCGAAGUAUGCUUGAUUGGUUGUCUCAUCAUGGUAUUUGCCAUCAUUACACUGAAUCACUGCAGAGUCAGUGGAGUCUUCACCGAUCCGUCCAGGGUCGCAACGACAGCAGAUCUUCUUGUCCACGAACCACUUGUCCAAGACUUACGGAGUCUGCCUUCGGCAGCCAAUAAGGCUCAAAUUCAGGCAGAACUUGAAGCAAGCCGAUACGCCCUAGGUGUCUUCGAGGAGCGGGGGAUUCGCAAGUACGGGCUGGUCAGAUUGGACGAUGCCAUGCUACUCUCCAACACCCACAAUCCGUCGCACGGCGCUCGGUAUGCAAAUAUUACCAGCUCUGCCAGGACCUUGAUCAAUGAAUUUACAGUCCGGCUCAGAGGCAUACCUUUCUUGUCAGACGCUCUUUGCUUGGCUUUCAUAAUCAUCCUUUCCGCGAUCAUUUUUGGGUAUUGGUGCGUCUCGGCGGGCAGCUUCAACGAUUGGAUGAACAGUGGUCACUUCGGGCCCUGUACGCUCUUGACUAUCAUCGCUGUGGUUAUUCAGUCCUUGAUCAAACGCAAAGAGCAGCUACUGCGGAUAUCUUAUCCUUAUGCUGUCUUAUCACAGAGCCCUGCAAAACCCGCAUCGGAAACGAUCCUCGCUGGAAUUCAAAGAACACCAUUUUCCUCGGUAUACAAAUGUUUUCGCGUCCGAGAUCUUUCGUUGGCAUCCAUGUCUUCGGCAGCGAUUAUUUCAGACUUGAUACUGGUCAUGAUCCCUGGCAUACCGUUUACACAAGCACAGACCACAGAUGUGUACAAGGCAAGCACGUGGAGCUGUCUCCUCAUGUUGGCCCUGAUUCUUGCGACCCAGCUCCGUAUGACCUACAAAUCUUGGAGGGGAGACGGCAGAAUGAAUGUUGAUGCUCCGGCAACACUUGCAGAAGGAUUAAGAAGAUUGUGUGGGAGCAGGUUCGUUGCAGAGAAUGCUGGGCAUUCCCUUUCUCGGACCGUAAAAGAGACGCAUGCUCCGGCUGAGGAGAAGCUUGGGUACGACCAGGAGCUGAAACAGCGACUUCAGUACGCUGGAGUCAUUGGAGAAAAGAGAUACACAUUCGACUACAUGCAAGGUCUUGAUGGCGUGCAUAGGUACAUGGUCGAGGAGGAAGCCUAUAUCAGGUAG